UUGUCAGAAGAAUUUUGUCAACUGAAAAGUAUUGUUGGACUUAUAAAUUUUUACACUAACGGAUUUUUGAAAUGAGGUGGAUCACAAUUCGCAAACAAGGUGGAAAGAUUGGCGUGAAAUUUUUUGGAUGAUUGGAUAGAAACCCGGGGCUGCCGUCCACUCAUUCCGCCACCUCACCCAACCCCAAAUCUUUAAUACAAACUUUUAAUCCGUUAAUUUCAACCGCCGACGAUCGACGGAGAUAUAGUAGACAUGCUUGUUAGCAGCAGAGCAACUGUCGUCUCCGCUGCCGCACCUCAAAGAUUUCUCUCUAAUUUUAAGCGCAUUUCUUCAGUUUCGAUCCCCUCAUCAUUUGGUUUUCCAUUGAUCAACGACCACGGUGAGAAGAAGAUCAACACCACAAUCGGAUGGAGUAAUUACUCUUACAGGAUGGAUAAGAAGAAGAAUCUAGCUUUCACCUGCGCCGCCGCCGCUUCCGUCGCUGCACAGCCUCUGGAAAAUGCCGAUGCCCUAAUUGACUCCGUCGAGACUUUCAUCUUCGAUUGUGAUGGAGUCAUUUGGAAGGGGGAUUCAUUAAUCGAGGGUGUUCCAGAAACCCUAGAGUUGCUCCGAUCAAAGGGAAAGAGACUAGUUUUUGUAACCAAUAACUCAACAAAGUCCAGGAAACAAUAUGGCAAAAAGUUUGAGACACUUGGUCUGAAUGUCAAUGAGGAGGAAAUUUUUGCAUCUUCUUUUGCUGCUGCUGCAUAUCUACAAUCAAUUGAUUUCCCAAAAGACAAGAAGAUUUAUGUGAUUGGUGAAGAAGGGAUAUUGAUAGAGCUUGAGCUAGCAGGCUUUUCAUACCUCGGGGGUCCGGAAGAUGGUGGAAAAAAGAUAGAGCUCAAGCCUGGGUAUUUGAUGGAACAUGACAAAGAUGUUGGUGCUGUUGUGGUUGGGUUUGAUCGUUACUUUAACUACUACAAAGUUCAGUAUGGGACACUGUGUGUUCGUGAAAAUCCAGGGUGUCUUUUCCUUGCUACAAACCGUGAUGCUGUAACUCAUCUUACAGAUGCACAAGAAUGGGCAGGUGGUGGUUCUAUGGUUGGGGCUCUUGUUGGAUCUACUCAACGUGAACCACUUACUGUUGGGAAACCUUCAACAUUCAUGAUGGAUUACUUGGCAAACAAAUUUGGAAUCACCAAGUCGCAGAUAUGUAUGGUUGGUGAUAGAUUAGACACUGAUAUUCUUUUUGGGCAAAAUGGUGGAUGCAAAACUCUCCUUGUUCUCUCAGGUGUAACAAGUCUAUCGAUGCUUCAAAACCCAAACAAUUCCAUCCAACCAGAUUUUUAUACCAACAAGAUCUCGGAUUUUCUGUCUCUUAAAGCUGCCACUGUGUAACAACUUUGAAGCUCAUCUUUCAUUGCUGCUUUCUUGUAUAUGUAGAAGAAACAAGAAUUAUAAAUUAUAACACAAUAUCGACUCCAUAAUCUUUAUCCAAUUCAUUUUUCAAGCGAA